AUUUGCCCCUCUCUUUCCAGUUGGUAGAUUGACAACUGGUACAGUAUGCCUAAUGCAUCAGGAGGUAAAUGGCCUGUAGAUGUAGGUAUACAUGCCAUUAGUCUCUAUUUUCCCUCCCAAUUUGUGAAACAGGAUGCCCUGGAGGAGUAUGAUGGAGUCUCAUCAGGGAAGUAUACUAUUGGGCUUGGCCAGACAGAGAUGGGUUUCUGUAGUGACAGGGAAGAUAUAAAUUCCCUUUUUCUUACAGUGACUCAUAGACUGCUAAAGGAAUAUGAUAUUGAUGUAUGUAACAUUGGCUACCUGGCUGUUGGCUCAGAAACCAUCUUGGAUAAGGCUAAGUCAAUUAAGAGUGUCCUUAUGCAAAUUUGGGAUUGGCAUGGUGUGGACCCUAUUGAUGUUGAGGGAGUUGACAGUGUCAGUGCCUGCUAUGGAGGAACUGCUGCCCUAUUCAAUGCCAUCAAUUGGAUUGAGUCCUCUUCCUGGAAUGGAAAGCAAGCGUUGGUUGUGACAGCGGACAUUGCCGUAUAUGCCUCCGGGAAUGCACGUCCAACGGGAGGUGCUGGAGCUGUUGCCAUGCUGAUUGGGCCUUGUGCACCCAUUGUGUUUGAGAGAGGAACACGUAGCACCUACAUGGAGCAUGCAUAUGACUUUUACAAACCAAACCUUUCCAGUGAAUAUCCUGUGGUUGAUGGGAAACUAUCAGUUCUGUGUUAUCUCAGAGCCCUUGAUAAGUGCUACCAGCUUUUUUGUGAAAAAUCUGAAACUCUUGGCUUCAAGGACCCAAAAACAGGACAACAUGCACUGAGCUGCCUUAAUGCCCUUGUCUUCCAUUCCCCAUAUUGCCGACUGGUUGAAAAGAGUGUCGCCCGGUUGUACUUCAAUGAUCUUCUUAGGUGUGCCUCUGAUGAAAAUCUCCCUGUUGACAUACAGCAUCUCGGGAAAUUACGACUGGAAGACACAUACUUUGACAAGGAGUUAGAGAAGCAGCUUCUGUCUCUCUCAAGACCAGUGUUUCAGGAUCUCACUGAGACCUCCCUCCUGGUAGCCAAGCAUGUAGGGAACAUGUAUUGCCCUUCAGUCUAUGCAUGCCUUGCCUCUUCUCUACUUGGGAAAUCCCUGAUUGAGCUCUCAGGGAUGCGAAUAGGCAUCUUUUCAUAUGGCUCAGGGUUCACAUCAUCCAUGUUUUCUGUGAGAAUUGCAAAAGAUGGAGAACCAAGCUUUGUUCCUUUGAAGAAGAUGCAUAGCCUUCUCUCCAAGAUUCCAUCUUGCCUCGGAUCUCGUAUUCUUCGGUCUCCAGAGUAUUUCACAAGAGCAGUGGAGAAGUGGGAUCUCAUCGCCCACCAAGCUCCAUUUGAUCCAAAUGACCCAGUAGAGGAGCUAGCAAAGGGGACUUGGUACCUGGUGUCAGUUGAUGAUCGCCACCGUCGCAAGUACGCAUAUCACUCAGAUGAAUCUUCUAAUGGUGCAUGAUACUGUGAACCUCUUUUCUAGUGGUGGGAUCUGAGCUGUCCUAGUCACAUUGGGUAUGACCCAUAUUCACAAUUGCCUGCUUCAAUGUUGAAGGUGUCAUUGCCAAACUGAAUUGCUUCCAGCCAUCAAUUCAAGGAAUCCAAUGCUCAUCUGCUGCAAUUUUCAGAUCUAUCUUUUACUUUUAUGGGUAUCUUUAUAUCUUGCCUUCAUAGGAUUUUAGACAAUUUCAUGAAAUAUAGUGACGCUUGUCGGUACUUCGACUUCAUUUGGAGAGAACCAAUAAAUUGAUGCCCUAGGCUCCC